CGCGGAUGUUGAAGAGCCGCGAGUUGAAGAAUAAAAACAACACGAAGUAAAAUACUCUCAUUUAGCAUAUGUGCAGGGAGGGUCACAGGAAUGGAGAACAGCAGGGCCCAGUUUCCAUUCCCCUACCAGCCCUAUAACAUCCAGGAGCAGUUCAUGCAAGCCUUGUACAGCGUCCUGGACCAGGGGAAGGUUGGCAUCUUUGAGAGCCCCACAGGAACGGGUAAGUCCCUGAGUCUGAUCUGUGGAGCUCUGAGCUGGCUCACGGACCACGAGGAGAGGAGGAGAUUGCAGACAGCUGCUCUGCUGCAGGAGGGAGAAGAAGCUCUUUCCACAUCUGCAGUUCAAUCUUCCACGGCCAGCUCCUCAGCAGAGCCUGACUGGAUCACCGAUUUUGUUCAGAAAAAGGCAGAACGUGAUCUGGUGACAAAGUUGAAGGAGGAAGAAGUAAAAAGAAAGAAGAGAGAAGAACGAUUAGAAUUGAUCAGAAACAACGUUCAGCUCAAGUAUGCGAUGAAACGAAAGAGUGCUGAGGAUGAGGAGGCGUUCAAGUUGCUCCAUCUCAGUAAAGAGGAACACACAGAGACACUAGGAGAUCAAGAGGAUGAGGAGCUGAUAAUUGCAGAAUAUGAGAGUGAUGAUGAGUCAAAGAGCAAAAGCCGAUUCCUUGGGCCUGAAGAUAAUGACGACGAUGAACUGAUCGAAGAACACGUCAGCAAGAUUUACUAUUGCAGUCGCACUCACUCCCAGCUGGCCCAAUUUGUCCAUGAGGUUCAAAAGAGCCCCUUCAGCAAGGACAUCCGUCUGGUCACACUGGGCUCACGACAGAAUCUGUGCAUCAAUGAGGAGGUGCGUCGCCUUGGCAGUAUCCAGCGUAUUAAUGACCGCUGCAUGGAGAUGCAGAAAAACAAACACGAGAAGCAGCAGCAUGAAGAGGGUGUGAAACGUAAGCGAGGCCCCGCAAAGAGUGUGUGUCCCUAUAACAAAGCUUCGGCACUGCAGCAGAUGAGGGAUGAAGUUCUAGGAACUGUCCACGACAUUGAGCAGCUGCUGAAACUUGGCAGGGAAAUACAUUCAUGUCCUUACUACUCCGCGCGCCUCGCUAUUCCACCUGCACAGUUGGUGGUGCUGCCCUAUCAGAUGGUUCUUCAUGAAGCUACAAGAAGGGCAGCAGGGAUCCAGCUGAAGGGACAGGUGGUGAUCAUUGACGAAGCUCACAAUCUUAGUGACACACUCUCCUGUAUUCACAGUGCAGAGCUGACUGGAUUGCAGCUCAGCCGCGCUCACUCCCAGAUCACCCAAUACGCCGACCGCUAUAAGAGCAGGCUAAAGGCAAAGAACCUGAUGUACAUCAAACAGAUAAUGUUUGGGAUUGAAGGGCUUGUCCAGGUGUUGGGAGGUAAGGUGGGGCAGAAUCCACAAAGCCAGGCGACACAAACAGGAACAGAGAUGUUCACCAUUAACAACUUUCUCUUCAAGGCUCAGAUCGACAACAUCAACUUGUUUAAGCUACAGAAAUACUUUGAUAAGAGCAUGAUCAGCAGAAAACUGGGUGGUUUUGUGGAGAAGUACGCAGGUUCAGGUGUUAGCCUGCAAACCCAAGGCUCAACCAACAAAGAGAACCGACGCACAGAGGGCUUAAACCGCUACCUUCAAACACUGCAAACCAACCAGAGCACUGCACCAGCAGACCAGCAGGAGACAGUAGAGGCUGAUAGAGCGCUGUCGGCAUCUCCCAUGAUGCAGGUGGAGGGUUUCUUUAAGGCUCUCACCAACAGCAACACUGAUGGCCGGGUGCUGGUGCACAGACAAGGUACUUUGUCAGAAAACAGUGUCAAGUUCCUGCUGUUGAACCCAGCGGUCCACUUUGCCCAGGUGCUGAAGGAGUGCAGGGCAGUCAUCAUUGCGGGAGGCACCAUGCAGCCUGUUUCAGACUUCAAGCAGGAGCUACUAUUUUCUGCUGGAGUCGGAGAGGAUCGCAUCAGGGAGUUUUCCUGUGGUCACGUAAUUCCUCCAGAGAACAUUCUUCCCCUCGUCUUGUGCAGCGGUCCGUCUGGUCAGGAGCUGGAUUUUACUUUCCAAAACAGAGACUCUCCAAAGAUGAUGGAUGAGACAGGGCGCAUUCUCUCCAACAUUUGUAACGUGGUACCGGGAGGAGUCGUGUGUUUCUUCCCUUCUUAUGAGUACUCGAAGCGGAUGGUUUCUCACUGGGAGGCCAGCGGUGCUCUGACUCGUAUCGCCAUCAAGAAGAAGAUCUUCCAGGAGCCAAAGAAGGCCAAUCAGGUAGAGCAGGUGCUGAGCGACUUCUCCCGCUGUAUCCAGAGGUGCGCUGUGGGCGGCGGCGGACUCACAGGAGCGUUACUAUUCUCUGUGGUUGGAGGAAAGAUGAGUGAGGGCAUCAAUUUCUCUGAUGAUCUGGGCAGGUGUGUGGUGAUGGUGGGAAUGCCGUAUCCCAAUAUCAAGUCCCCAGAGCUGCAGGAAAAGAUGUGUUAUCUGGACAAACACAUGCCUCACAGCGGCGGGAGGAGCCCUGGCCAAGCACUGAUAGAAAACCUCUGCAUGAAGGCUGUUAAUCAGUCUAUAGGAAGAGCUAUCCGUCAUCGUGGGGACUACUCCUCCAUUGUGCUGUGUGACAGACGUUACUCCAGAGCCGCUACACUCUCCAAACUCCCCACGUGGAUCAAAGAUCGCACAAGCACAUGCAAAAGUUUUGGCCCUGCUUUUGCUGCCUUGCGAAAGUUCUUCCAGGAAAAAAAGCAGAAGCAGGUGUAAUGUGGCUGCUGAAGGGCUCAGCUCGCAUCUUCCUGUUGUCUUAACGCCGCAACAUCAAGACGUAAGAGGAGGAACCUUCAGAAACAUUCAGUGCAACAUAUGAAAAUGUUCUGAUAAAA